UCGCUAGGGUGGCUAGGGACUUGCGGUGACGACUGACGAGUGACGUGCGCGUGACGAUAUCUGAAUGGCGGUGAUGAGCUCCCGAGUGAGCUGAUAAGAACUGCACAUAGAAAUAACUAGCAACAACAAACUAGCGUUCGACAGAAACUGACGUCAUUUGCACUGUACCAGAGCGCAAUGCCGAACGGUGCCUAUCUGUAGUGUCGCAGCUAAUAGAAAAGGCGCGUUUUCACUUGAACGUCGGGAGAUGGAUCCCACUUCAAUUCGCGACUUGAAACCCGGAAUGAAAAAUUUGAAUAUAGUCUUCAUCGUGUUGGAUAUUGGUCGGCCGAACACGACGAAAGAGGGGCAUGAAGUGAGAACCUGUCGCGUCGCCGACCGCACAGGCUCCAUCAACGUGUCCGUCUGGGAUGAACCUGGCACCUGCCUUCAACAAGGGGACAUAUGCAAACUGACCAAAGGUUACGCAUCACUGUGGAAAAGCUGUUUGACUCUCUACACAGGAAAAGGAGGAGACAUUCAGAAAAUUGGCGAAUUUUGCCUUCCGUUCAGUGAGACUCCGUUUAUGAGCGAGCCUAACCCUGAAUUCCUGCAGCAGCUCCAAGCCAAAUUGUUGAAUGCAGGGAUGGAGCAACGGCAAUCCCCCGCAGGCGGAGACACACCAUCUCCAGCAGGCAAUGGCCAUCCCAGCGGUCGUCGCCUGGUGCCUUACAGCGCAAUGCGCAUGCCAGUUCCCAGCCACAACAAUGGCUUUGCGGCCCCGGCCAAGCCUCGACCCAUCCGGAGAUAGCUCGGAGUGACUGUGUUGAGAUAAAUGAGUGUGUGGAA